AUGGAUGAUGCUGGAUAUUCUGCUAGAAUGCCUCCAAUUCAACACCUUUCAGUGAUGAUGAACCAGCUAACGCAAAUGCAUCCUGAUAUUUUUGUGCACCGUGCUCAGAAUCAAGAUGAUGUACCUGAAGCUCCAGCUACUCAUGAUCUUGAGCCUCCUCCCUUAAGGAAGCCAACUGUAAGACCUGGCUUGUUUGUUCCGUCUAUAUGCCUUAACUUGGUCACACCCAUGGAGCUUGUCAUUAUUAAGCUCACAGCACAGUUUGCGAUACGGUAUGGGAUGCUUUUUUGUCGGGCUUUGAUGAAGAAAGUGGUUAAUAAACCUCAGUUUCAGUUGUUUAAGUUAUGGUGGCAACUGAUAGAAGGUUCCAUGUUUAUUAUGAUGUUGUUGUUGAUGCGUAUUCCAAAAUAUUAA